AUGAUAUCACGUCAUGUCGAUCCUUAUCUUCGUUCAACAUCAUCAAUAGGAACAAAAAAUGAUUUAACAAAUAGUGUAACUAGUGAAAUGCGAACAGUUAAUAGUCUUCUUCCAGUAGGUCCUUCUCUACCACCACUUCCACCUUCAUCUCUAUUAUCAUCAUUAUCAAAUGUAAAAAGUCCAUCACAUCGUAUAACAGUUGAUGAUCUUCAUCAAUCUUCAUUUCAAAGUUUAACAACAACAAAUGUUGAAUAUCGUUUACAAUAUUCUUCAAAUAAUCAAAAUCUAAAUAAUUCAACAAUAAUAAAAUUAAUUCAAAAUCGUGGAGAAUCAGAUUUUGAUGUUACAAAUAAUGAACAACAAAAAACAGCACUGCGAAUUAAAAUUCCUACGACAAUAUGUAUCAUCUACAAUCCGAAGUUUUAUAAUCCCGAACAGCACCGUAUGUGUGAAACCGGCCUAUCAGUACUGAAUAAUGUUUUCAUUACCGAACCAAUUAAACGUGUCAUUCCUGUUAUUGAUCUUAAAACAAUCUUUAAUGAUUCCAAUGAUUAUGCAAAUCACAUUGAACGUGACGUUCAAGGUGGAUCAACAAUUGUUGAAAAUAUUCUUUACCUUGUUGAUCACCAUCGUUUCGAUGAAAAUAUUUGUUCUACUAGGUUGAGCAAAAAGUUCGCGAUCAUUUGCAAAAAAAUUCUUUUUUAUGCAUAAAUUUAUUCAAAAUCAAUAACAAUUAUUCUUCAAAGUACAACCUAUCAUCCUCAAUGACCUUACGCCAGCGUUCUGAAAGUUGUCGAAUCUGAUCUUGAUACCGCCAGUGCGGCUCCUUAUACUCAAAGAAUUUACGGCACGCUGCUUCGACUUGAUCAAAAGUUUCAAAUCGUCGUCCUCGCAAAAAGUGCUCCAUUGAACGAAACAAGCCAUAAUCAGAAGGAGCAAGGUCGGGACUGUAAGCCAGAUGUGGUAGAACCUCUACACCAUCGAGUUCAUCAAGCUUCUCAUUGGUUAAAUUGGCACGAUGAGUUGGAGCAUUGUCGUGUUGGAGAAGGGCACGUUUUCGUCGCAUCAACGUCGGGUAGCGCUGCUUCAAGACGUCGUAGAUGUGCUCCAAUUGCUCGUUGUACAGCUCGGUAUUCACGGCUCGACCAUCAGGGACCAAUUCAAAGUGCACAACGCAAUCGACAUUCCAUCAGACGCACAACAUGACUUUCUUUUGACGAGCAACCGGUGGCGGAUUUUGAUCUCGUGGAAGCCAACGUCUAGAAUGAUCACGAUUGAUCAAGAAAACCCGCUUUUCGUUGCAUGUCAUAAUGCGCUUCCAGAACCGAUCGUCUAACGGAUUGUCGAGCAGGUGACGCCAGACUUCAACACGUCGUAUAGCUUGUGCUUCAGUGAGUUCGUGAGGAUCUUGUCAUGGCUUUUUGUGGACAAAAUCAAACUUGUGCAGGUAAUUGACAACGGUCCGCUGCGCGACUCUAAGUUCAUCGGCCAAGUCGCGAGUACUUGAUGACGGCUCGUCUUCCAAAACGGCACGCAAGUCCUCUUCGUCCAGAACAGAUGAUCGGCCAGAACGAGGCUUGUCUUCGAAGUCGAAAUCACCAUCCUCGAAUCGCUUGAACCAUUUUAUCGCGACAGUUUUCCCGAUCGUUCCUUCGCCUUCCACUUUGCAGAUUUCGGUAGCAGCAGCUCUUGCAGACAGGCCUUUCUUCCAAUAGUGGCGGAGCAAAACACGAAUUUCAAAAUUAUUUAUCUAAAUUCAAAUGAUGAAAAUGAAAUUACAAAAUUUACACAAGAAUAGCUAGCACACGCGAGAUAUACAAGUUUUAAAAAUGAAACACAAAAAACUUUAAAAGUAAACUUAAAAAGUUAACAUUUUUGUAAGUGAUCGCGAACGUUUUGCUCAAUCUAGUAUUUGUGAUGUAGCAAGAUGAGAGAUGCCAUUUGAAUAUAAUGAUACCACAAAAAACCAAUAAGGUUUCCAAAAUAUUCAGGAGCUACCAGGAUCUAUUGGAUUUAUUUCAAAAUUCCGGAUAUUUUGUAUAGCAUAUUUUCUAAAAGAUUUAUAACUGUCAUUGGAUUAUAUCUUACUCUAAGUUAAUUUAUGCAUGUAUCAGUUUUUUUUUCUAGCAGCCCUAUAUGUCAAGAAUGUUGUUUUAUUAUAGCACUUGUAUUAACCAAUAUACUUAUCCUGAAAUAAUUCCUCAACGGAUCGAUUCUUCUCCAUUGGAUUUAUUCGAAUAGUACCGUGAUCAAUCUAUGUUAAAAUUUCAUAUUCUGGAAUUCUUAAUACUAGUCAACAGUACUGAAUCGUACAAUAGUUAGAGCGCUUGUUUCUGACUUAACGCAUCCAAGUUUCAAAUUCUUGUUCGCGGUUCACUUUUCUUUUUAUCAAUCGAAACAUUCUUUACUGAAAAAGUAUUAACAGAACAUCCUUCCAAUAGAACAAUUCUGGCUCUAAGAGCAUGGAAAAAAAGACAUUUUUGCAAUCUCACAUACUUCAAAUUGAAUCAGUCAACAUCAGAUGAACUAAACAAGAUUUAACACUAUGACGUAAUUUGUCCUAUUGCCUAUAUUCUUCUAUAGAAUAUUGUCAUUAAUUUGAGAGCCAGAGACAGUCUCGAUGAUUACAGAAACAAUGUUCGCACAGAAUGAAUUCCAUUGUGAAUGUAUUGUAUUGUCGAUGCUAGAAUAAAUCUAUUAGCUUGAUUUUUAGCGUAUAUCAAUGGCAACGUGAGUUGACGAUGGUGCACAAAGAGACGUGUCGCUACUAUUAUCAACACAAUUCCGAACAACAAAAAACUGUACAGACCUCAAGUUACCUGAUGAUGAUCUUGAGGGCGUGGGUGUGGGUAUGGCUCAGACUCUUAUCUUCAAACACACCCACACCCUAAUCAUUACUGCCUCUUUUUUUUUCUAUAAAAAGGAAGGUCUGCAUCGAAAAUUGUUGUUUUAUUCUUUUAACAAAGCAUCUCACCGUAGUAGGACGACAUGUCAUGGUAUCUCAUUUCAUGAAUAAUUGGAAAAAGCGAUGAGAAAUGAUUAAAAGAAAAUUUUCCAAUCCGAGUCACAUUUCUAGCUUCAAAAAGUUAAAGUAAAACAUUAAUGUGAACUAUUACAUUUUUCUGUUUAGUACAAGAUCCAUAGUGUUAAAAGUGCAGUUCGAACGAAUUUAACCUAGAAAAAUCAUAAUUUUAUUUUAGCUUCAUGUUGAUACAGAAACGAAAAAAUGAAGGAAUAAAAGAUGUCUUUGAAGGUGUUAUUUUGAAGAAAAGUAAAAAACGUAAAUUGGUCUUGAGAAUGUAAUGUAGAAAUGGAAUUUUAGAGAGAGAAGGCACUCAAUUGCCAUCGAGCGGCAUCGCAUAACAACACUGACAACAACAUGUUGUUUUGACGAGCAGAAAGCAUUUGAUUUUAUUCUCUCCUCGCAGCUGACAACCGUCUUCUUCGUUCUCAUGGAAAAAGUAACAUCAAAUGUUCAAGAAAGAAAAGUGCGUGUAGGAUGUGGUUCUAAUCCAAAUAAUGCUGGAGAAAUUAUAAGUGUAAAUCGUAACCGUAACUAUGGUGGUGAUCUCAAAGAACUCGUUGCCUUAGUCGGAACAGGUUCCAGUGGACACGGUUCCAGCAGACAAAGCGCCAAUGGCCUUAGUCAAGCAAAUAGCGUGGCAGCAAACAAGACAUGGUAGACGAAGAUAAUAUAUGAAAACACGACAAAAAGAACAGACGAUUAUACUGUAUUUCACUAAAUAUAGAUUUUUUCAUUUUUAUAAU